UGUCGGAUCAAGCUUCAGGCAUCGAUUUACUGUGUUAAGAGGACUUUUAUUUUAAAGAGUCUGCAUGCAGUAGCAGGUUGAUCAGCCUCUCAAAGGCUUGCUGACAGAUCUGGAGCUUAUAAAGGAUGGCUGAACCUCCUCGGUCAUGUGAUUGUUUUGUAUCUCUGCCUCCGGGUUCAAAAGAAGAUAAUGUGAUAUUUGGUAAGAACUCUGACCGUCCGAGAGAUGAGGUACAGGAGGUGGUGUAUUACCCUGCGACCUCACACGCUCCUGGGUCUACAGUCCAGUGCACAUACAUUUCCAUCCCUCAAGUAGAGCUCACCCAUGCAGUUGUACUGAGCAGACCCGCAUGGCUCUGGGGGGCUGAGAUGGGGGCUAAUGAACAUGGGGUGUGUAUUGGAAAUGAGGCAGUCUGGACCAAGGAGCCUGUGAAUCCAGAGGAAGCUUUACUGGGAAUGGACUUGGUUCGGCUGGGUCUUGAGCGGGGGGACAGUGCGUGGGCCGCUCUGAAUGUCAUCACAGGCCUACUGGAGCAGCACGGUCAGGGCGGAGCCUGUAGGGAGACCACCGAACCCUUUAGCUACCACAACACCUUCUUACUGGUGGACCGACAGGAAGCCUGGGUCUUAGAGACUGCUGGGAAAUUGUGGGCUGCACAGAAAGUCACAGAUGGAGUCAAGAACAUCUCCAACCAGCUGACGAUAGGCACAGAGAUCUCAGCAGAGCAUCCAGAGUUGCGCAGUGUGGCUCAGUCUCAGGGCUGGUGGAGUGGUGAGGGGGAGUUCAGCUUUACUGCUGUCUUCAGCCCUGACAAUCCCCCUGCUAGGAUGGAACUGGCCAAGCAGCGCUACAAGGGCGGCACAGCCCUGCUCCAGCAACACGACGGCUCUGUGACGGCAGAGGUGAUGAUGAGCAUUUUAAGAGACAAGGCCAGUGGGAUCUGUAUGGACUCAGAGGGCUUCUGUACCACAGGCAGCAUGGUGUCCAUCCUCCCACGCAACCAAGACAUGCCCUGCGUUCACUUCCUCACUGCCACACCCGAUCCCUCCAGGUCUGUAUUCAAGCCUUUUAUCUUCUCUGAGAACAUGAGGCCCGUCAGCAUGGUGAUGUCACCACAGUACGGGCCUGAUGACCCUGUCAGGACACAGCCUCGAUUUCAGCACCAGGUGGACCGCAAACAUGAGCUGUACAAAGCCCACCAGACAGCGUUAACCAAUCCCGAUGCUGGAGUCUCUCUGCAAGAGACUAUGAGAUACUUGGAGUAUCAGUGUCUUGAGGAGAUAGAGGCCAUGCUUAGGGGAGAGAUACAGGGCCAGGAGCUCGGCGACCUGUUCUUUGACUGCGUGGACGCAGAGAUCAAAUUCUACCAGUGAGACAGAGCAGUUGUCGUUGUGAAUGUCACUAGUGCUUGCUGAUCUGCCCGGAGAGAGGGAGAGACAGUCCCGAGUGCACAGGUUCCUGCCUGCUCAAAUCCUGCUCUCCUAGUUCCCCUGAUGCCAUGCCAAACUAAUUGUUAUGUCCAUGCCACACUAACUGUAACUCUUAAAAAAAAAAACACACUAGAUGUUCAUGUGAGUAAUUGUCGCAUAGGGCAGUCAUAUAUGCAUCUCAAUAACCAGUUUGUGAUAGAUUACUAAGGUGUGUAUUUGCCAUGUGUAGAUGUGUGAGAGAAGAGACGUUAGUGAAAUACACUUGUCAUACCUGUAAGUGAAGGGAUCAGCUACCAGACUGACCUCUCUGAGGAGAAAUACAAUAAAAUGUCAAUGAUUCAGCA